UUAUUUAAAUCAUGUAGCUGGCAGCUUGGUUAAAUAGCUUUUUUAAACACAGGAUUUUUACAGUUGAUGGGUUUCAAGACUUCACCUCACUGCUGCAUCAUCCAGGAGCAGCAGUGCCUGCUUCCAUGACCACUGGCUUCCUUUGCCAUGUAUGUAUUUGUGCUGUGUUAGUUUCACCAUGUACCAUUUUUGUAAACAUAACUAAAAUCUGGUCUUGCAUGGGGGGCAAUAUCAUUAUUUACUUUGUGUUGAGAUAUAAGAAUGAGCUGUAAUUUUAAUUUUUCAUACAACUUUUAGGAGAUGAAUAAAAUACAAAAUUAUGAGACGUGACCUUUUAUCAAAGUCUGAGGUUGCCCCUUGUUCUGUUUGAGUCUUAAUGAAAAAAUGUAAUGAUGAAGUGAAAGAAAGGAACUACAAUGAGCGGUCAGAGGUGAAAACUAUGCAAUCUCUUUACAGUGUCUAACAAGAAUAGUAAAAUUGCUUUGAUGCUUUUACUUUGGCUUUAACAGGAUCUAAGCAGUUACUAACAUGACUUUAUGACAAAGCAUCAGAGCAUUAAAGGAAAUCAAUUAAUGACUACUUACCUACUUCUCUCCAUGGUGUGUAAAGGCUUUCUGUUCAGUGUCCUUGUUAAUGUGAAAGGGGUUUUUUUCUUGUUCAGAUGAAUAUUGUAAUUUAAAAAAAGGCUUUCAUAUGACAACAUGAAAUUUAAAUGCCUUGUGUUCAUUAUGUUCUGGUGGACUUGUAGUUUCCGGAUAGUUUGUGAUCAGAUUCCCUUGCCCACUUAUAAAGCAGAUCUCAUGUGCUCUGUAAGAUUAUAAUUUAAAUUGCUUAGACGGAGCUUACAGGAAAAGGUGACUUGAAAAAACUAGUAAUUAAUAUAGUUGAAAGUGAGACAUAAUUUGAUAUAAAACCUCUUAAAUCUUGUUGAUAUGACUAUAUGCAGUCUUGGUUAUAAAUAAGCUUCCAUGUAUUCUCAGUAGCCUGUCAAUCUAAUUGUUGUGCCUGAUAGAGGAUAAAAAUGUACCUAUGUUUUUCUCAAUGUGAUAGCUUCUCCCCUUUUUUGUGUGUUUCUUCUCACUUACUAUUUUAUUUGGGAUUUAAACAGUUGAAUCUGCAAGCUUCUUAUCAUCAGGCUUCAUGGAUGUGGACAGCAUUGGUUCUGUUCCUUGAUGAAGCAGCAUCACAAUGUGUUAUUGAAACAUUCAAAACUGUUCCGUUUUGUGGUACUGAAAAAAUACUGUCUGUGUUGUUGACUUGUAAUCUGUAGUUUGAUUUAAAGGGUAUUUAGAGUGUGUUUUAGAGUCAUUUGAGGAUAUUUAGCAUGUUUUAGGGUCAUCAGAGUCUCAUCCUUUUGUCUGGAACCUUAAUGCAUAUUCCAAGGCGCUUCUGGUCGUACAACACCUUUGCCUCACACAGGUCUGAUGUGUUGUGCUGUUAGCUGAUAACGUUUCUGCUCUUUGAUCUAAAUUGCUGUAAGGCUUCAAAGUAUAUAAAAGAACUUGGACUACAGUUCCUGUAAUUUACUCAUAUGCUGAUGCAUCUUGUUAGAUCCAGUAACAUUAGGUCCUUAUAAUCAUUUUCACACAUAGAAGGUUGUUUUAUUUUCUGCUUGCCUCUAUCUCUUGCAUCUAUGCAGAAAGAGCAAGAAAGUAGAGUAGUCUUUAAAAAUAGAUGUCUGGUCUCAAAUUCUAGCAAUACCUUUAAAAGGUGCUAAAAAAUCUACCAGGUUACCAAUAUCUGGUAGAAGAGAUACCAGCUCUGUUUUUCUGGACUCUGAUCUUGGCAAAGUUGGUCCAGUCAUUACUAUCGUCUCUGAAAAGUGUAUUGAACUCCUGUGUUUGACUUAAUUCUGAUGCUUGAAGAACAAUCUAGCACAGGUUUAUUUAUCAUAACCAAGAGAAUGGAGUAGUUUGUGUCUACGGUCUCAUCUGAUGACUUCUCUAGAAAGAAGGAACAUGAGCUGAAUUUUAUUUAACAGUGCUGGAUUGAGUAGAAUACACUCACUGGGUGGUGGCUAAAGCACAUGGGAGAAGAUACUGCAAGACCGAUUCCCCAGCAGAACUGACCUCAAUAAGGAGCAAGUAUUUUUGUACUAAGGAAAAAUGUUGAGCUUAAAAGUGUAAAUGAAUUUUAGUUUAAGGAAAAAGAGAGCUCUUCUUGCAUUCUUCAGGAUUUCGUGUAUGUCUUCAGCUGUUAGUUACUGUGUGCAGGGGCCAGAAGGGAUGUGGAGAAAUACACCUGUUUCAAACUGUUGUGUGUUGAAAACAUCUGUUGCAGUGAAUGAGAGAGGUCAAAUUAGUCUUAAAUUUAAUCACACCAGCAAAUUUUUAGAAAAAACUUCAAAACUAAGUUCCUGAUACUAAAGCAAGUUAUGUUCCUGUCUUCUGUGGCCCUGACACAAGUACAAAGACAUGUGCAAUUACAAGUUUUAAGCCUGAUACUAUGUCUGCAAAUACUCUCAGGAAUCUUUUCAUAAGUAUCAAAAUUGAGUUUUUGUUGAAUUAAAAUUUCCCUGUAACAUUUUGCAGCCUGAAUUCAUCAGUAACGGCUGUCAGUGCCCCCCAGAAUGAAAAAUAACUCUGCCUUGUCUAGAGGGGAAAAGCAAACAAUAGAAACAUCAAAAAUAAAAGGAAAUUUAAGAGAUUUGUAAUGUCUUGGAACUUUCUUAAAGUGCACAUAGUCAGAAGCAGGUGAGCCUCUUCUCAGGUAAAGGAGAAGCUCUUUUCUCCAAGUGGGCUCUGCCCUCCAUGCCACAGACCUGUCGCAGUGUGCCCAUUCCAUUUUCCAGAUGGAUGAAGCACUCACAUAGUUUCUUUCAGUUUUUUGAGAGUGCAUUAAAUAUAUUUGUAAACAUCUAGAUUCUCGUGUCCAUACUGUAGGGAUUUUAAACAUAUGUCAUGAGAAAAUACAUUAAAAGGUCUCAUCUAAUCCAUCCAGCAGAAUGGUUGGGCAGCUCUUUUUAAAGGAGACAAGCAACAAACCACCCACUUACUACCUUUCUCCUGCCUUUCAUUUCUUCUUCCCCCUUUUUACAAAAAAUCCCAAUUGCCCCCAAUACCAUAUUUCUAAAGGGUGAUUUGGAGAAAUCUGACUGAUACCAGAUGAAGCUGGAGAGGGAAUGGGAUGUGACUUUUUUUUCCUUCCUGACAUCCUUUCCUCUAAAACUACAACACAGUAGUGUUGUUUUGAGAGUCAGAAUUAAUCCUGCUAUAUCCAGCUGGUUAUUGAAUGCACCAGGCAAAGAUGGGCUCAGGCUUUUUCCUGGUGGAGAGACUGAGUUGUAAAAGCUAAAAGAAGCUAUUUGAAAAUUAAAAGACUGUUUUUUUAUAAAGUGCUCCUUUAAAAUUUAGCAGGAGAUUGUUCCAGGGUAUAAAUUCAGUUUGUCUCCACUACCUACAAAGCAGUGUCCACUGCUUUGCUCUGUCUGGAAAAUGUGAAAUGGGGGAAAAUUACAAAAAAUAAAACUUAUUCAGUGAUUGUUUUAGCUUCCGACUUCUGUGGGUUAUCCACAUGGGCUUCUUUCUGCAAGCAUGUGGACUAGACAUUAACUUUGCUCUUAUAUAGGAACAGCCAGCAAUGAUCCUAGAGACUGGAGCUUUCUGAUAAUACUUUUUAUAAAUGAGCAGGAGUUACUAACUUCAAACCAAUGUUGUUGCACCGUAACAUUCAGUAGUACUGGAUUUUUGUAUGUAACUGUAGCAAGUAAGGAUUUUAUUUAUAGUAUAUGAAGCUACUAUGUUUUUUCUUUAGAUCUUUGGAGUAGUAGAUGCAAUUUUCUUUUCUUGUUGGGAAAGAAGAGGGUAUCUUUUUGAAGACAGUAACCCUUUUAACCUCUUGUAACUAUACCAUUUUAGAUACCUAUCAAGAGAUGAAUUCACAAAACAGAUGGUAUGCUAAGUCCUCGUGGCAAAACAACAGUGGAAUAAACUGCAGCAGACAAUGGUUUUUGUUUUGCCCAGGAUGUGCCAUGGGUGUGUUUUGGCAGAAGGCGUAUGGUCACUUGAUUGCCAGCUCUCCUGGCAAUGGUCACCAUCAGCUUUAAAGUGCAGCAGUAGAGUCUGAGCCUUUAAUAUUCAAGAAAUGUUCUUGAACAUGUAAAAAAUCUCAAAAAAUCAUUUUUGAGGACAAUGAAGAGCCUGGUAAGAGCAUAAAUAUGGCUUAUUUUCUCUUAUGCAUUUAUAGUCUCAUUUGACAUGCAUUGGCCAUUACUGGAGAUAAAUACAGUAAGAACUGAAAUGACAGAAAAAGUGACUCUGAGAAGGUGUACCAUGGCUUCCUGGUGGGACAACCCAUGCUUUGAUGGAAGCACAGUAGAAAAGCAUUGUUGUAAAAUCAGAUAUCUAAGGCUUUAUCUAGUUUCCAUUUUAAUCAAUAAGACUAACUGAUCCUAAUGGAGUUCUGAUUCUCACUCUGUCCCCAAAGCCAUCAGCAAGUGGACACAAGGGACUUGAUUCUUCUCCCAACUCAAUGUAAAAAUUAUUUCUGGUACUCCCUUCUCAUCCCAGCUCUGACUCUGCUGCCAAAUAGACUAUCAGCAGCUUUGUUGGGACACAGAGUUUGGACUGAAAAGCAAAGUGUGGUUUGAGUGUGUGUUGGCUUUGAUUAAAGCAGAAAUGUGAAGGUACAUGCCCUGUAGCUCCCAUCUCCCUUGGGAAGGUGGGCUCUCCUCCUCAAGCCUAGUGCUCACCAGAGCUCCCCACCUAGACACAGGAAUUUGUCCUAGUACUUCAAGAGGUGAAAAGUACAAUUGAAGAAUAACAAUAAUAAAAAAAAAGAGCUUUUGUCUAGGGUUUUAAAAAUAACUUUACAAGGAGGUGCCAAUGAAGGUAUCAUCUUAAUGCCUUUGCCCCAAUAAGUUACUCAGGCAAGCAGUCAUCUCUUAUACAAUAAGGUCAAAACUGCAUUUUGAAUAGGGUUUUUUUUUGUGUUUAAUUUGUUCAAAAGGCAACAAUAUCGGUCUUUUUCUAAAGCUGAAAGUGGUAGUGCCAGUAGUGCUAUAGUAGUUGAAAUUUUAAAGCAUUGUAUGCUUUUUUUCAGAUUUUAAAGAUCAGACUGCUAAACUGGAGUAAAAGCUCAUGUACAGCAAGUACCUUGAUUCAAACUUCAGAUUGCUAAAAUUAGCUUUGUCUGGCAGAGGUCUAUUUUUAGGUGUUAAGAGGUUUUUUUAUUUAAACUUAUUUCACUUGGUAAUUGUAAAUUUGAAGAUUUUUCUUUUCUUGCUCCAUGUGUGAAUAAAACUGAGGUAUAAGAGUGAAAUAUGCUGCCUCCAAAGUCUUGAAAGAAAGUGAUUAAAAGUAACCAGGUUGGGUAGAAAAGCGCAGAAAGCUUGUAAAAAGCAGCUUUGCUAAAGCCACUAGUCAAGACUGUUCAGGCAGUUAUCAUGAGCUGGUUUUCAUUUUAAAGCUGUUUUUCAGUAAGCUAUAAAAAUUCUGAAUUAAAAAGCUACUUUAUGGUGAGCAAUUUUCCACUGCUAUUUUCUAAUAUUCUAAAAAGCCAAGGAAGUCUUUCAUUUUUGUGUGUCCUACAAGUUUACAAGUGUGCUUGCACAUACCUUACUACUCGGCGAAACAUAAAAAAAAUAGAAUUAAUACAGUGGAAAGUAUAUGUAGUCACUGGUAAAUUAAAACAAUAGUUAAAGCUCAGGCAUUAAGAUUAGUAUGUAUUCUAUAAAUCAAGGGGCUUUUGACGUGGGUGAUGCAUCCCUUCAUGUUAUACCCAUUCUGUUUCAUCCAACAGUAGUCUUCUGUUCUGAAACAGGCUCUUCCUUUGACCUCUUACUGUUUUAUUACUGAACAACAAGCUUCAAGGCUACGAGUGGUUAGUUGUGACAUCCCAACCAUGUUUUUCAGCUUGAAAUAGUGCUAAUACACUAUUGGGCAUUUACGUGCAGAGUCAAAAGGAGAAAGAACAAGAUGUAUUGUGUUUUCUGUGCCUUUUCUGAAUCAGAACUAGACCACAGAAAAGCCUGAAGAUCUCUUGGAAACUUAAUCCUUUAAGCUUAUGUAGGCAUGAACUCUGUGGGCAUUUGAAAAAAUUAUGGAAUUGAAGUUUUGUGAAAGACAUUAGGAUUGAUCCAAAUGAAAUAUGAAUAGAAGUGUGCAUAGUAAGGGUCUUAGAAAACUGCAGAAAAAAGGGUUAACAAUGUGGCCUGUGUUGAUAACUAAGGUCAGCUGUUAAAUGUGAGGAAUGUGCCGGUUUUGUCAAGACCAAAAGGCUAGAAAGGAUGCCCAUUCCUCUUACCUGGGAAGGAAAACCUGAUCAUGGACAGAUAGCCUGACCUAAUGCUCACUGAGACUGAAAUUUGUGAUUUUGAGACAAAGGACCACCCAAUAUUAAUCAGUGACUCCGAAAGAAUACAGGGAAAAAAAGGCCUAAAAUUCUUUUUUUUAUCACCAGUUGGGGACCUCAAAAAUUUCAAGACUAGUUGUUUUCUUUCUGUCAAAACUUGUGGUGGAAACAGCAUCUUAGUACUUUGGAUUAUGUGGGAGUGAGAGCGAGUGAAAUCUGAAAGUGUGAAGGUGUAAAAUCAACUUGCUUUUCCUUUUAUUUUAUUCUUCCUGUAGUCCUGUACUGGGCUGCGUGGUGUGAAUUCCCCUGCAAUAGCUUUCUGGAAGAUAAAUAUUUACCUUGCUGCUAUUUUACUUUACUAUUUUUGACCUCUGAAGUUGUUAGGGAGCUUGAAGUUUGUUAAAAACGGGUUGAAAGAUCCCUGGACUUGGAGAAGCAAUACAGUAUCAGGUAUCUUUGCUUAAAAUCCAGCUUUCUUCAGGGAGGUAGGUAGAUAUACAGGAGGUUAGCUAAGAACUCUGUAGCAUUUAUUAUACAAAAAAAGGAAAUAAUCUUAAAUUUGAGAUUUCUUGUCAUGCUGAUAGUGUUUACCAUGGCGAAGGAGCGCUUGCUCUGCCGUCCUUAUCUAGGAACGGACUAUCCUAGUGCUCCUGGUGAAUCCUAAACAUUUGUCUUGCCAGCACUUCUGAUGAAAAACUGAGGAUAAGACUGAGAUUAAGAGCGCCGAAGUUGUUGCCUGAGUAUGUUGGCUCUAAAGGAUUUCUGGAGAACGAUUUGCAGUAAAACAUUGGAGGGCUCUGUGAGUUCUUGAAGUGGUGUCCUUCUGCCCUCAUAGGCUGCUGAGAGCAGUGAGGAAUGCCAAGGGGCAUCGUAGAGAUAUGCCAGAUGUACUGCCAUGUGAAGCUACCACAUUAAACUGGGAACUAAUUAAAGUGGAUACUGGAACUUGCAAAACCUCCAACUCCAGAGGAAAAAAAAAAUGCUCUGACUUGUGGAGGAGAAUAGGGGGUUCUUCAUAGACAGUGAGCAAACACUAUCUGAGGAUCUGCAUUUGCAAGACACUCUAUGGCCAAAUGUAAGGACAGGGAGAAAGGAAAGCUGCACCUCAUUCUAGGAAAUAACCAUUUUUUUCUUGCUGAAAGCAAAGACUUAAUAGUAUUUAAUACUUCUGUGAAACCAAAGAUAUUCAUAUUACUAUGUAAGUAUGUAAAGAUGGUUUAUGAAUGUAGCAAAUUAUUCAUGGUUGAACAUAGAUAAUUCUUACUUGCUUAUCACCACCAUGAUCAAGCAAUGAGAAGAAAAAUGCAAUCCAAAAUUCUCUAACAAGACCGUCAGCCAUUGUUCUCUACAACCCAGUGAAAGUUUCACUUUUCGUUUCCUCACGUUAAUAUUACAUUUUUAUUUAAAAGCCUGAAAGACUACAGGGCUGGUUUAUCAACUGCAUCGGGCUUAAACUGCUCCCUCAGUUCAAGGAGAAUUCCCACUCUUGCAGUGGUUACCAGUUUAGAGGUGUUUGGUCUGCAGGUGAAGCAGGGUUUGUGCUUGUGCUGCAGGACUGCUGCUGCCCAGGUCCUCAUGCUGCUGCUCAAGCUGGAGUUCAGCCACUUAAUCUCAGGGAAGGAUCUGGUACAAACUGCUUAGUCUGGGGUGGGUCUGGUAUCUUCAGUUGCCAUCAGCUGUACAUCUUAAUCCACAAGCAUUAGAACCCACAAAGAUAUUUCUGAAGAGAAAUUUUGCAUCUUGACAGCAAGCAGCAUAGUCUCUCUUACUUUCUUAGCCAAGUUUUACUGCAAAUUCUUGUCCAUGCAGGGUAGUUCAUGUGAUGGCAUCCAAACUGACAAGACUGGAUUGUGGGGCUGGGGGUGUUCUCUGUCAGUAGAAAAAGUCAGACUGUACCAUGGUUCUACUAAGGAUUAUAAUCACUUUACUCCGGAAUUUGCCAUUUUGGACUGGAGGAUUACAAUUCUGUAUGGUUGCCGUUAAAACAUUUCAAUCUAAUUUUGUUACUGACUGUUCAUAAUGCAUGCCUUUGAACUAUUAAAAGGAAUUUGAUCUUCACAUUUUCCUUACUAUUUCAACUAAAAUACUAUUACUAGACUUUUAAAUGCAUCAUAAAUAACAGUUGUAACAACUUUAUCAUGCUUCUCUUUUUAAAUGCUUUUUGCAAGUGAUGAAUGUUUAGAAAAGCAUCUUUUUUGUGACAGGAAAAUUAGAAGAAAUACAGUUUACAGACCGACACUUAAAUAUUUUUACACAUAAAUUAGUCUAGAUCUUUCAGUUGCCUCUAUAUUGACUGAGAAAAGAGCAAAAACUGGCCAAGCCUGGCAGUGUUUAUGCAGCCUCAGAGCACUGUGUGACAAUUAAUGACACCAUGUUCCUCCCGAGAUGGGAAUGGCUAGUACAGAUCCUCCUGCAAUGAAAAAACAUCCUUGUAUAAAGAGGCAAUUGAUGUUUUAAUGAAAGAAAUCAAACUGACAGUUUCCGCUGAAAUCUCGUUUUAAACCCUAAAUAUUGAGGCCCCAGAGGAAACAGUGAGCCAGCUGUAGCAUAACCUUUAUCAGUAAGUUAUUUGGUUUUUAGAUUAUAGUGCUUUGUUCACAAGUUUUUGUGGAAACUUAAAAACAUAGGGAAUAUGAAAUUCAGGGUUAAAUAACUUGUAGAGACUUGAAGUCUAAUGGAAAUGGAAUGGAAUAUCAGUUAUGGCUUACUCAGAGAAUUGGAUACUGUCUUCAGGAUAACAUGUUUCUGAAGUAAAUAGCAGGGGCUCCUGCGGUAGGAAUUGAUGCAGACGUGACAAUGUGCAGGGCAUUUCAGUGGAAGACUCCAGGUUUGUGCUACAGGGGAUCUCACUGGCUCCUUAGUCCUUCAAAACACCUCUAGAAAGAAAAGAAUGAGCUGUUACCAGCUGAGAAACUUGCUGCUGAGGCUUUCCUUAAUCAAAUAGUCUGUCCUCAUCUGAUGUACCCUAGAGAGCAGGUCAGUUUGCUAUCUUAGUCAUGGGUUGCAUUUAUGCUCUCUAUCCUAAAUAUCUGUUAUAAUUUAAAAAAAAAAGAAUAAAGGGAAUGUUAAUUUUCUGAUAUCUGGUUGGGACUACUUCUGAAUUAGACAAAUGAUAAGGUGUUUUUAAUUUUUUUGAGCAUCUUGGAGAUUGGUUAGUGAACACCUAAGAAAAACUUGCUAUGUAGCUCUCUUGGUGCUAGAAACAGCACUCUAUUUCCACUUCUACUAUUUCCUUAGGGUUUAAAAACAUUAGUUAACUGAGUGGUAUGUCUCAGUAAUGGUGUUAUUUGUGCUGCUUUCUCCUUACUUAUGAAGUUUUAGCGGUGAAGCAUUUAAUAGUUUUUCUUUUUGUGUGACAUCUGGAGAAAAAUAUCAGUAUGUUAAUCUGUUUUUCUGAAGUUUUGCUGAAAAUAAUAAUGUAUGUUGAAAAAGAGGGUGUAAAUGACAAAGGAUAUUGUUCCCCUGACCAGCAGUAGAUGUUUUAGGAGUGAAUUUGCUUUUUGGAGAAGACCCUCAGUCAGUAGUAGUAGUCUCUGUUUCAGCAGGAGGUGUUCAUUGCUUGAGACUUGAUUACUUACACCUUCCUCACCUUUUAAGAUACAACUGGGAUAACAUGGUGUUUUUAAUUCACUGCAGCUAGACCUCAAGAGUUUCAAGCCUAUUGGUUUCUUGUUGCUACUGCUACUCUUCCAUACACUUGUAUCACAGUCUGUAAAAGUUGGUUUCUUCAUAUGAUACAAAUAACCAGUAAAGAGAUUGCUUGAGUUAUCUGCUUGCAGAACAUAAGUGGAGAUUCUAAGGACAAAAGGUGGAAUACUGGAGUGUGAAUGCUGCGGUAAGCUGCUACUGAGCUGUAAACUUUCAAAGAAAAAUAGGCAAGGCUUCUGUGAUAUUCUGCAUUUUUCCAUGGAAGUGUUUGCAAUGUGUGAUGGUUUGAUCAAGCACCAAAGCAAACAAAAUAGAACUCUGUUCUUAUGGGCUGAAGGAUGUAUCAAAAAUAACAAAUUGUGUAGUAUCAAUGAAAAAAUCGUACACGAGCACCAUCAUCUUACUAUGAAAUAUCAAGUCAUUCCUGUUGUGGUAUCUUUCUCUUUUAAAUUACAUGCACCCUUGUCAGAGAAGCAUCUACAGCUGAUCUGACAACAAGUGGUUAGCAAUUAAAUGGAUCCUUUGAUUUCUGCCGUGCCGUCAGCUGAUGAUAGCUGGCUUGAAACAGAGCAGAGAUUCUUGUGGUACUGUGUGAUCUCUACAGCUCCGGGUUGUGCAGAAGGGAAGAAAAAUGCUCCUUUUCGUUCUGGCAUCCUACAGUAGCUGAUCAGAGUGGCAUAGUCUGCUUCUCUUAGCCCACGGUCAUCUCUGAUGCUUUGAAAAAAAGUCACUGCAUCCUUAAAGUAAUUUCUGGAUACUGUCACUGUCCUUGUCAUGAUUCACUUUCUUCUUGUACCGAGGCAAGCUGUAAGACAGUGGCAAGGCAGGUGGCAGUGGUCCUGACUGUUCCAAAACAAUUCCAGCAGCUUGCAGUGCUCGGUGGUGUGGGAGUUACUCUCCCAAAACUGUCCUCAUCCCCAGCCUCACAGGAGCUGCACAGGCCCCGCAUUUUCCUUGUCAUCACCACUGUAGGAGGAAAGGGAAUCUCGUCUCUAGUCAGCCUGGCGGUUUGGAAAGCAGUGCUUUCUCCUCUGAAAUAAAAACAUCAGUCAGACCAAUAGCCCACAACUGGAGUGGCAACUGCUGCCCUGAGCUGUUGUGCUCGCUGGGAGCUCAACCAAAGAGGUGGGACUGGAGGAGCUCUGCAAAGCCUGGGAUACCAAACUGCAGUGGUGAUGGGCUUCAGGAAGGAAUAAAGGAAUUUGCUCCCUGUAGAACAAAUGAUUCAUGUAAUGAACAGUCAGCUUCUUAUGUUUGGUGUGUCUAGUUUCCUUACCAACCAGAAAGUGUGUGAGGGAGUUCUAGAAGCUCUCUUUAUUGUAUUUAAUGCUUACUUGGUAAGACAGGACAAAAAACAGGUCUGCAGUAUUUUGUUAUAUUGCUGGCUCAAAAUCUCAUCAACUGCACUUCAAAAUCAAUGUAUUAAAAUCUGUAAGAUACUGAUUUUCUAGAUGUUUGGUUUCCUGUUUAUCAGGCACUGGUUUGAAAGUGUGCACUGAGUAAAAUAUAGCCAGAGUACAGGUCUGCACUACCUCUUCUCUAAUCCUAGCAUUUGCAAGGACAGAGGAAGAGUAUUUUGUGAUGUGAGUUUACUAUUCCUAUUUCAGAUAUAUCUUUGUUACUUUGAAGUCUUUGGGAUAAUUAGCAAGGCUUGGCAUUUGUUCCUUUUUAUGGAAAAGUCCAUAAACCUUUAGUUCAAUCAGAGUACAUGUUUUGCUUCAGCACCCUGUAGUUCUCAAAAAGCACAGUAGGGAUGCGUGAAAGUCAGGAAUUGGCAGAGUGUGUGUCAGUGUGCUCCAGCAGACUUGCACAAGUGAUCUUGCUAUCUUCUCUGGCAGUUCUGGGGAAAAAAAUGCUGCUCUUGAAUUCAUGCUAGCUUAUUCAUUGAUCUUCAGGUAAUGUAAUGUGAUUUCUAUACAUAAGAAACUCCUGUUGAAAAGUCAAAACAAAACUGAAUUAAGUGAGACUAGAGUGGACUAUUCUAACAAGUCCUUUCAAAGUUCUUCUGUACUGACAAAUAUUUAUCAUGAGAACAAAAUUGUGGUAUAGUUUCAAGUUCUUGAGUUGGAGGGAGUGUUACUGUUUUUUUAAUGUGCUGAAAUAAUGAAACAACAGUAGUUGAAGGCAGACUCAAUCCUUCUGUUUCUGUCCUAGUUCUUUUUGCUUUAAGGUUUAACCAUCACUGCAAAUAGCAUCCAGCUCCAAGACCUCUCCUUACUUGGUUAGGGACUUCUAAUGCUGUUACAGAUACUCAGAGUGGUGUUACUCAGGCUCAUCUGUUGCUACUGCAGGAGCAGCACAGAGUACUAUGCUUCCCAGAAUUGCAAGCUUUAUAGCUUCAGGGAUGGGCUUUGUAUUCUGGUUGAGGCUUUAACUGGGCAGGGUUUCACUGAUGUGCAGGUGGGGCCUAUUUAAAUAUAUACCUGUGUGAGUUCUAUUGCCUCUGUGUACACCUAGGUAAAACUUCAGGUCUGAUAAGGUUGAAAUUACUUGCAUCUAUGUUCUCAGCUUUACUGCUUGCUUCCUUAAGUGCUGCUGCAGGAAACUUGAAAAACUUGCCUUUUGUUUCCAAAUCUUGAAGAUGUGCUUUGGAUUGAUCCAUUGGAUCUGAGCCACCUGGGGGAUUUUCAGUGCAUGUUCAUGUUUUCAGGUUGGGGCAAGGUAUUUUUAAACUAAUUUUUAAACUUCCAGAAAGAUGAGUGCUGUAAUCAAAUGCAUAAUGUCUCAUGAGAAUCUCUGAUUUAAUUGUUUUUUUCAGAGAAAUAGUGGUAGCUUACUACUGGGGAGUGCAGUUUCACACUGUUUGGUGUUAAAGCUGUCUCCAAACAGGCAGUGAGACAUAAGUUUGAAAAAAUGUGAUUUUUCUAAUACUAGUAAUUUAUUAUGGCUGUAUGUAUGUAGUACAAUGAGAGUUACUACAUGAUAGUAAUAUCAACCAAUAAAUAUGAUGGUUCAUAAGGAUUUUUGUUGUUCAAAUAAGCAGAAAUUAUUUAAAGAGGUAAAGUAAAAAUUGAGUGAACUAUAGACUCCAUGUGAGCAGUAAAUGCCCCCGUUUAAGCAGGCUGGUGAGUGGAUUUACUACAAACACUGCUUUUUAUUGGGGGCUUGAAUGUUUUUUUGUGGGUUUUUUUAAACGUCGGGGGAAAGCAUCACUGGAUUUCUUGGUUAACUGAAGAUACCUUGAUGCUAGAACCUACUGCUAUCUUAGCAGUAUAGGAUAAUACCAGGAGAAUUUGUUUUAUUCAGUCUUUGAAAGCUUGGAAAGCUCAGGCGAUUUCUAGAGCUUCAGAAUAUAUGCUCUGUCACUUGCUUAUUUAUAUCUGUGGUCCAGCAAUUAAGACUGCCAUACUUAUGUCCCAUUGAUCUCCUGGCAAUGUCCCCUUCAGUCUGAGGCAAGACACCAGUUGCUUAGAUCCAGUUGAUAACUUGACACAAAUGAACAGAAGGACUGUCAUAGGGUCAUGCUGGGCACUGCUGAGGAUGAAAUACUGUACAACAAUAUAAUAUUUUGCUUAAUUUGCUGCUUGCCAUCGUGCUGUGUCACCCUGUCCUGCUGUGGCACUGAUGUGGUGCAGUGAUGAGCCAUCUCAGCCAGUUAACCACUGAAGGGAGCAGGAGGACUCUCAGUAGCUGUUCCUGUGGCUCAGCAAGGGGAGAGGUAUGGGGUGGGAUGCACUAGGGUGUCAGGCUCUUUGUAGCUCCCCACCAAAAAACUGCUUUGACAUUAGGAUUCAUAUGAAAAGUGGUUUUCAGUAAAAAAGGAAAUACCAUUUUGAGGGCUUUUUGCCAUUUCUUCUUACCGAGGCUUUACAAUUGUUGUUGUUCAGCUUACAAAAAGCAGGUAAGUUUAAUUCGGGAAGCAGCUGACUUAGCUCUUUGACUUAGCUCUUCCUUGCAACAACAAGAUCUGGGUCAGAAAAGACUGGAACAAGAAUAACACUGAUGAACUUGCAGUGCUUUACUUACAAUGCAGAAUUACCAUUUCACCCAAUUAUUAUUCAGUCUUUUGUUUCCCUUCCAAGUCACUGUGUAUGGAAGCCAGGUAACCUUCUGUUGGUUUGUUUAUUUUAGAAACACGCACAACUACAAAGAUGGUUGGGCAGGUGAUGUGCCCAGAACAACUUGUAAUUCCAAAAAUAGCUGGUUUAGGUUGAGCAUCAUGCUGAUACCUUGGGAGUUGCCUAGGUUCUCUUUUUUGUUUCUUCCUUUUUACCACUGAGUUUCUCUCUCCUUCAUUAAGGAGAGAGAUUCCUUCUACACAACUCUUGGCUUCUCUUCCUCUUAACCUGUCAGUAUCAGUGGGCAUUUCCUUUAAGUUACUGUAGUUCCAAUUCUGCAGCCUAGCCCUCAUUCUUUUGGAUAUGGGGAAGGCAGACACUGAGUGUGUGAUUCACCUUUUUAUUUCAGUGGCUUUGGGAGGCCGCUCCACAGACGUCGUCAUAGAUGUUUUUGAUCCACAGCCUUUGGGAUACAAAGUCAAGCAGCAGCUUAUAGUAUGAUGUCUGUGCAUAAUGUUUGGUGUCAGGAGACACCAGUCUCCUACAUACUGGCUGAGACACUCACAGCAGUGGUUAUGUCAAAGUCAGAAACAGUGAAGGUCUCUGUAGCACUGCUUAUCUGUCUAAACGCUCAAUACUCCCGUCAAAGGCACUUCAAAUGCCUUGUCUUUAAGGUAUCUGUCCUACCUUGGAGGUUCCAUACAGUAUUAGUUUGUCUUGAAACUGAAUAUUGCCAUCAGCAUUCAUUCUGUUGUGCAAACAAUGGUGGCUUUUUUUCCCUCUUCUAGAUAAAAGAAUUGUUUUGUUCUUUCUGUUUUAAAGGCUCUGGCUUGUUUAAUCUCAAAUUCAAUGUCUUGGUGUGGCAUUUCAGAGUGAGAGGAAGGCUACCCACAAAAACCUGCUGUGAAACUAGUUUAAUCUGUUAUGGGGUUUUUUUUAUUACUGAUGAUUCAGCAGAAAACAAAUAUUAUUUUGGAAGAGACCCUGACAUGCAUUUACGAAAGACACCAUUGAGAUGAGUCCCCGUUCCUGACUGCUGAAAGUGUUUGCAAGGAAUCUUUCUUGUGUCUGUAAACUUUUAUACUCUUCUCAUAAUAACUUGACUUGAUUAUGUGUGCAGCUGCAGAUUUGUCACACCUGGUCUAAGGCUUCUUGUAGAGCACAGUUUGAGGGAGGGGGAGAAGGAAAUGAAGAUGCUUGGCUUUAAAUGCUGCUUUGCCCAAAGGCAGAGAUCUUCACUAGAGCUCUAACACUGGGAGGUAAAUGGCUACUGUGAACAGAGCAUCCUCCUGGGAUUGUUCUGGUCCUCUCAAUCCAUCCUGUAAUCAGUUAAUUAUUUGUAUUGCAUGUAGAAACUGUUUUUAUGACUUUUAUUGUUGUUGCAGUCUUCCUUUUCUGAUAAGGCAGAUUACUGCUUCUGGAGGUUGAGAGUGUUUUGGUUUUUCCAGAAAAAGAAAAAGUGGAUAUUUUUAGCACAAGCUUUCUGGGGUGCUGUACGUCACCACAUUGCUAAAUGUGGCAGCAGGUUUUUGCCUCUGUGCUCUUGGGAUAAAGGUGUGUUGCAUUUUGUAAGAGUUGAUCUAAGGCCUGUCAGCUCUUUCCUGAAGUAUAGUUAAGCACCUCCAGUUGAUUUAAUUAACCACUUCUCAAUGCUUUGGCUAUAAUUAAAUGUUAUUUGGGCAAUGACUGAUUAGAAGAGCACAGUUUGUCCUUGAAUUGCAGCACUCUUGCUUUUUAGUAACUUAGAUUUCCUAACUAAAAAAUCUCACAAAAUCAAAGUUGAUGUGAUUAUAGGUCAAAUAGUGCACCCAGGAUUUUAUAUUUAAAGUGUUUAGGAGUCUUUCUACAGUUGAAAGUAUGGGCAAAUUAGUGCAUGAAAUAGGAAGAUUCCACAUGGAAAUUACAUAUGCUAAUGGUUAUAUACUAAUCAAAAAAUUAGACUCACUCUGCAUGAGGUGGAAAAUCUGGCCUGGUUAAGACUUCAGAAAAGACUAAAUUUUUGGUGGUAUAAGUGUAUUUGCUAGUUGCUCUUUCUAGUCAAAGAUUAUUUUAAGUAAUUACUUUUUUUUUUCUUCCUUUUCCCUACCUUACUUUUUUUCCCUUUUCCCUGAAUACUUUUAUUAAAAAACAGGUAAUAAUCUGUGGCUAAUUGCAAAAUACAACUUAAAAACAUCAGAAAAAAUAUUCAGGAAACAUAAUAUACUUAUUUAAAAAGAGAACAGAUCUCAAACUAGUUACAGUGUAAAUGAUGGAUAAUUCAGACUUGGAGCCAGGGAAAUAUUUUCUGUCAAUAACACUGCAUAUUUCAUGUUGAAAUGUGUUGACAAGACACAUGCUUAUUUAUAAGUCUCAUCAAAUGAAGUUUAAGAAACCAAAACUAAGGCUUUGUAUUUUUUUUUUCUUCCUUCUUUCUCUUCCCCUCCUCAGCCUGCAGUGAGCAUCACUGAUAGUUCAGAGCUCUUGCAGAGGUCUAGUUCUUGCAAAAAGAGCAGCUGCUCACAGGCCUUCUGCUUGUUGUGUGUCUGGUGUGGUUUUUUUCUCUUAGCACCUUUGCAUGUCCCCUUGGCUGUUUGCUUGUGUGUAUUUAUAUUCUCUGCAAGGUAAAAUGUAUUUUGUAUGAGAAUCAACAGUCUUUAUCCUUGGUCUCCAAAAGUUGUUCAUACUACAUAAUAGUUCCCCAUAAGUAGGUGCUUUGCAAAUAUUUGAAUAGCAGAGCAGCAAAGGAGUGAUAAGUGAAAUCAAUCCUCCAUGCCUCUACAGUAGCAGAUGUCUAGAGCUGAACUAGUCACCCUCGACUCCUCUGGGAAUUGAAGCACCUCUUUCUCUGCACUAAGGUCAUUAUAUCUUAUUUUCUGUUUUAAAUACUUGACCACGGCAAGAUCAUUCUGGACGCAGUUUGUUCCUGACUAGGUCACCAUCGUAAGGCCCAGCUGCGCUUACCAACUUGGGCUUCAUCUCUUGUUAUUUCCAUUGUCAGUUGAAUUCUGCUUAAUUAAUAGUUGCAGAAUUAAUUGCUUACAACUUAAAUGAGUGCAUUGAAUCUUUAAGUAGCUUACAGUUAAAUCCUGCAAUCAAUGUGAUUUCUAUCUGGGGAAGACCAAAGUUUGUUGAAGGAGGAUAGAGAAAGGAAAGUGAAGCAAGUGAGAAAUUAUGUAGGUGUUUGCUGUAUUUCCUGUACAUCAGGAGUUGCUAAAAGAUGAUUUUGGUUGGAUGGGAAGAAGAGAAGAGGUUAAGAGGCUGUUAACAACUUGGUAUGAACACUUGAAGUGCUCUUGGUCACUGCAUAGCUGUGAGCUGGUAACAGGCUCUGGCAGGCUGGAUCUUGGAUUUGAUUUACACCCGUGAAUGGGAAGUAUGUCAUAGCAACUGAAACAGCAACCAAUCUGACAGAUCAAUGAACUGAGCCAUGUUCAAAUCCCUGUUAUGUUGAUGCCAGAUGAUUUCAAAGCGUACUCAAAGAUAAAGGUGGACAAUCACCUUUUCAACAAAGAAAACAUGCCAAGUCAUUUCAAAUUUAAAGAAUAUUGUCCAAUGGUUUUCCGCAAUCUAAGGGAGAGAUUUGGAAUUGAUGAUCAAGACUUUCAGAAUUCAUUGACAAGAAGUGCACCCCUUGCCAAUGAUUCCCAAGCACGCAGUGGUGCCCGCUUUCAUACAUCUUACGACAAAAGAUAUAUCAUCAAAACUAUAACAAGUGAAGAUGUAGCAGAAAUGCACAACAUACUCAAGAAGUACCAUCAGUUUAUUGUGGAGUGUCAUGGGAAUACACUUCUUCCCCAGUUUUUGGGCAUGUACCGGCUUACUGUUGAUGGAGUUGAAGUAUAUAUGGUUGUUACAAGAAAUGUGUUCAGCCAUCGUUUAUCUGUUUAUAGAAAAUAUGAUUUAAAGGGCUCUACUGUGGCUCGAGAAGCCAGUGACAAAGAAAAGGCCAAAGAGCUGCCGACGUUCAAAGACAAUGAUUUUAUUAAUGAUGGCCAAAAGAUUCAUAUUGAUGAGAAUAACAAAAAGAUGUUCCUUGAGAAACUCAAAAAGGAUGUUGAGUUCCUUGCUCAGUUAAAACUUAUGGACUACAGCUUGCUGGUUGGAAUUCAUGAUGUUGAAAGAGCUGAACAGGAAGAAAUAGAGUGUGAAGAGAAUGAUGGAGAAGAGGAAGGUGAAAGUGAUGGGACCCACCCUAUUGGAACCCCUCCAGACAGUCCAGGAAAUACACUGAACAGCUCAUUGCCUUUGGCUCCAGGGGAAUUUGAUCCAGCUAUUGAUGUUUAUGGAAUAAAAUCCCAUGAAAAUGCUCCCAGGAAGGAGGUGUACUUCAUGGCCAUUAUUGACAUUCUUACUCAUUAUGAUGCAAAAAAGAAAGCUGCCCAUGCUGCAAAGACUGUAAAGCAUGGGGCUGGUGCAGAAAUUUCAACUGUUAAUCCAGAACAGUAUUCAAAGCGCUUCUUGGACUUUAUUGCCAACAUCUUGACGUAACCUAUCAUGUUACAUAGGACAGACACGAGACCUGGGGACAGCAGCAGUGGCUACAAGUGUAGGGAAAAAAGGAACUCAGAGAAGCACUCAUCUUACAGAAAGCAACCCCUUUGUUUACAUCUGCUGGCAAAGAUGACUGAAGUGGGGUGGAGUACUCGCUUUAACAGCUGCCUGAUAUUCCCAGCAUAGUUCUAGCUAUUUCUGACUCUUUUGUGUGUGCAAAAAAAAAAAAUUUAAAAUAAUUUAAAUAAAUAGAACAGCUUACUCAGAGUGCACUGUGACAGUAAUACUCUGAUGCUACCAGCUGAAAUGGAAUAAAUGAGCAAAGAGGUGUGGGGUUGGGGUGGGGAAGAGUAAAUGCAUGUUAAUUUUACAAUAUUGAUAUCAAACUGUAAACUGUGGAUCAGUUUAUAUUUUGAAAAAAGAUACAUGACAGUAUUCUUCAUGAUGAUGAUGGUGAUAAUAAUGAAGACCUUACUGCGAAUGUUACACUUACACCCUGCACACUGGCACUCCUUAAAAACACAGCUGCAACAGCCCUUGGUGCCGGAGGCUUUUCCCAUUUGGUUCCUAGCAGUUGGGUUUUUUCCUUUUCUUUCCUCCCUCUCUUUUUUUGUCUUCUUUUUCAGCACAUUGCAUCAGGUAGUUCAGCUUCUCAGACAUCUGAGAGCUGGCAUCUCUUACCUUACAAAGAGCUAACAUAAUUCAUGCUAUGUGUACAUUUUUGCUAUAGUAAACUUACGUUAAGGGAAAACUUUGCUUAUUUCUCUUUGUUACCUGAAGUUUUCAUUUGUUUUAUAUUCUUGCAAUAUAGGAACUAAUAAUGUUACAAGUGUCAAAAAGUAGCUUAUCUGAAGAAGUGCAUAGUUUUGGGCAAUAGUAGCUCCAUCUUCUACCCAUCCUGAAAGAUGUGCACACUGAUAGCAAUUCCAUUCCCUUGUAAUUUACUGGGAAUUUGAAGUUUAAAUGCUUAUGUUGUACUGUUGAAAUAGCAGUAUUUUAUUAUAGAUUAUCCCUUGAAAAAUGAACCCUGAAUUUUACUGUUUACAUUAUUAGGAAAGCAGGGAUAUUUCUGAAUUUCAGAGCCGUGUACAAUAUAAGACUUUUGAGUUUACAUGUAAAGUUAUUUUGCAGUACAAAUGAAGUCAUGUUUGUCAUCUUCCAAGAGGUAAUAUGCAGUAGUGUACUAAAGUGAAUGUCUCGCUCACCUCCAUGAUAGACUCUUUUACAAUAAAAUGAGAAAGGAUAUUUUGGAGGGAUUUUUCCCAAGGUUGUCUUUCAGCAUCAAAAUGACCUGUUCUACCAUUUACUCAAUUUUGAUUGUAUAGUACAUUGCCUGAAACUGUGCUGAUCAUGUUUAACUUGUUUAAAAUUUUUAAACAACAUUGUAUUCCUUCUCCUCUUGUACUUUUCCCUGACAGACUCCAUGCUUGAAAGAGACAAAUUUACAUAUGCUUAAAAGUUUAUCUACUUAUACACUGUGCUAAAGCUGUGCCUUUAAAAUUUCUUUAUUGAAAUUGUUAGAUUUUGUAGGCAACAUCAGAGAAGUCAAACCUCCCUCUCAUCGUUUCUAACUGGGAUCAGGAGUGCCAGCAUGCCUUCUCCAUAACCAAUGUCAGUGCUGCUCAGCCUGCAACUGUGCAUAACCUGUGUUGUGGUUCACUUCAGAGGAGCCCCUACAACAGCAACCCCUUAAUUACACUUCCAGCGGCCAAAGGCAAUACUAUCCCUCUUGCUGUGUACUAAUUUUUCUUCCUUUCCCCAACCUUUCCCACAGGGUUUUUUGUUACGUUUGACUUAGUGAUGUCUGCAGCACUGUAAUGUAUGUGUAUACUUUUGUAUUGUAUGUAUUUAAAUAAGUUGGUACUGUGGCUUGAUUUUAUUUUUUUUUGUCCUCUCCCCAAACACCCUGGUUGUCUAUGUUCUCACCCAAGUUUCGUUUUCUGAAGCUUCUGAAGGCAUGAGGCCACAGGGAGACCCUGGAGUAAAAACAAGGUACUCAGAGUACAUAUUUAAUUGCGGCCAACGAGUGUACGUUCUAGACCAUUUUAGACAUUUACAGCUUUCUUUUUGUCUGUGUAGCAUUUUUGUCACUCACUCUUGUUGAUAAACUGUUUAUUUGGACAGGGCUAGGAAGACUCAUUAUUGUGUGUGUUAGUGCUUAGAUUACACUCCAACCAUGAGCAAGGCUUUAUAAAAUAAAGCACUUUGAUGACUCACUAGGUAAAUCCUUCGUUCUUGUGUUUCACCUGUGGUUUUGAUUGCUUACAAAUGAAUUUUGGAUGUUAAAUGCCUGUAUCACAAAGGAAAAAAAAAGAGAAAAUUUAAACUUGAGAUUUUUCACUAGAUUUUAACAUGCUUCUUCCAUGCUUACUUUAAGGGGCUUGAAACAUUUGGUCUCUGGGGUUUUGAGCUGAGACUGGCUCUGAGAGCAAAUACUGAGGUUUGUAGUUGGCAAAUCUGUGGACGAAAUCCUAGUAUUAAUAACAAAACAGCAAGAUCAUCCACUAUAGUUAAUUGGUAGAAGGAUCGGCAGAACUUUUUUAGCUGUGGUCUUAUACUAAACCAAUUAUUUUAAAAGUAUUUGAGAAAACGUCCAAACUUCCAUGGGAAGGAGGGAGGGAUUUCUGUUCUAGAAUUUCAAGACUUUGAUUGUCGGGCCUUCCAGUGCAUGAUACAACCUGUGCUACAUAUUGUGGGCAAAUGGCAGAAAGGUGUCUUUUUGUCUUGGUUCUGACUUAACUUUUAAUUCUUUUAAUACAUUUGUAACUUUCUGUUUUUUUUCAGUUUAUUGCACAGAUGUAGCAAAACAGCAUUUUCAGCAGUAUUACCUGUAAAAUACAUGACUAAAUUAAUGAUAAAGUAAUUAACACCCCAAAGACAAGGUGGCUGAGGAGCUGUUCUGUUAAAAGUAGGUGAAAUGAUAGAGACUGGAGAGAUUCAGCUUCUUAAUUACUCACUUAAUGAUGUCUCUAGUAAUCUAAGGUUGCACUUCACACAGCUGCUCCAGCUGCUGAGAGUUUAGUGUCAACAUGGUGUUCAAGGAAUGCUGCUCAGAUGACGUGGACCAUUGGCCACGGUGGGCAGCAAGCAGCUGCAGGACCCUGUCUUUAGCAGAAGUGUGUACAUGGCAAUGUGUAAGAAAAGGUUCUCUUUCCUGAAGGCAGGAAUGGUGUUCUGCGUGGGAGAUCCAGCUGGCUUGUCAAUGCAAGGACUGCAACAAAAUAAUUGAAUUAAAAAUUCUUGGAAACAAUAAUUUUCUGUGUCCCCUAUAUAAUCUGAACGUAUAAUCUGAGUUUCCUGCCCCCUCCCUUGUGCACACUUCUUUUCCAAAGUAAUAUUAGUUAGCAAGUCCCUUCAUCAAGUGGGACCAUUGCAUUCUGAUGCAAAGCCUGCCUUUAUCCAGUGUCUGCUCUCUAUAUGUGCUGUCCCUUUGGUUUCUCUCAAACUCAUAUAUUUAAUGGGGGAAAAAAUACAAAAAUAGGGAGCAGUUAACUUAAAGGAGAAAUCUGUUUCAUCUCUGUCUGUCCUGAUUUCUUUAUGGCAGGAACUGUUUCUGGCAGUCAGCAUAUCCCUUACAAUGCCAAGUGGCAAAGGCCUUGCGUGUGACAUGAAAUCAUUAACAAUUGCUUUAUUAAAACUGUUAAAAAACAGGUCUGGAGAGGACUUGAAGAGGUAGUUAUAGUCUGUCCCAGAGCAGUUCAGCUAUAAAUGAACAUUGGUGGAAAUAGGGUUAAUCUUUUCCAGGGAGCUAUUUCCAUGACUUCCCUGUGCUAUCUCUUCCCAUGCCUCACUAGCUCUAUCAUUACAAAGAUUUUUUUUCUAAAAUCUUACCUGACUACAUUACUAUGCUUUAAGCUCAUCAAUAUUAGUUCUAUCUACAGUGGACUCUAAGAACAGUUUAUUCUCUUCCUCUUCCAGUUUCUCUUGAUGUGAUCCUGCCUCUGUGUACUGAACAAUGUAAAUAUUAGCUUUUGCACAUUUUAAAUUGAAUAUUCUCUCUCUUAUUUAACAAAAUUAUCAGAAUGGUUUGAGCAAGGCAGAAUGGCCUAUUCCAUUUUCUGUAAUGCCUGAUUUAAAAAAAAAAAAAAAGUUAAAAUGGUGCUUCUUGAAUUUCUGGUUUUAGAAUUUCAUAGCCAUUCAUUUACCGUCUAUUAAAAAAAUUGUAAUAAUUGCUGUGUGCACAAAGUGCAGUUUCAAAAUGAGCACAGCUAAUCCUUGGCUGUAGUUGUUGCUAUAACUGCAAUAAAAUACUGCUUUUCCCUUUUCCCAAGCUAAACAAUAUCAUAAUCUUAGCUUUUCUCAUCACCUUCCCUUUUCACAGCUUCCUGUCUCAUCUCCAUUAGUGAUAAUCAAAUAAAAUAAUUAUUUGGCCAUAAGUAUUAAGAUACAAAAAAUACUUCUUGCAAGGUGGCAUAAAUUCAUUCUUACCCAGUACUCUGAAUAUUUGUAGGCAUUUUACUAAUUGCCCAAUAUGCUUUCAGUUCAUAAAAAGCUUCUACUUUGUUUCAACUCAGUCCGAGUCGCUCAUAGUGACUCGUUUUAUUUACCAAUGUGUGUCCUAUUGGAAUAAAUGGUGCUUGUGUAAGAA